AUGCCGGCAGCACGAAACAGAAAGUCCAAGGCAAAGCGACCCCGCAUUCCGUCUGAAGACCGUACUGAUGGCCCUGAAAAGCGUGCACGAAACGGUGGCGAGUCGCCUCUUCCCACCAACCACUCAAACGACGAAGUCAACAGACUCAGAGACAGAACCCGUGCCUCCUGGCUCAAGGGAAAGUGGAGAGAAAAAACACCAAAAAGAACUCUGAUGUCUCUUGCCCAGGCAGCCGACGACUUGUUUAUCGGCACCUCCAAACAAGGCGCUCUGGCAAACGCGGCGCUUUCACAGAUCCAGUUAGAUACAUCUAUUCUAGAAAUUGCUUCCACAGUUCAUGGCUCCUCUCCGGCCUCUCCAAAAGACGUUCCGAUACCAGAGACACCCAUUGUCAAUAUCAAAGAACAGGAAUUGCAAGAAGAAAUUGACCGUUUGCGUAGCCAGCUUGAACAGAAGGAUCAGAUCAUUUCUCGCCACGAGAGCACCAUCGAGACUGUGCAAAAUUCUGUCCAUUGUCCUGUCUGUCUUGAUCCAUUAUGGAAGCCAUUUGUAGUCGUACCGUGUGGUCACAUGGCAUGCCAAGGAUGUUUGAUUAGCUGGUUUACCUCUCCACCCCCAGGUGCUGCCGACCACCCAGACGAGCGACCGAGACCAAAACGCAAAACUUGCCCACACUGCCGAGGACUAGUGAUCUCUCGCCCAGUCGAGGUGUACGGCCUCGGAGGGGUCGUCGCUACUCUUCACCCUCAACCUCCCGUUCCAUCCCUUUCGAAUAGCGAUGCACCGGCAGAUCCUUGGGGCGAUAUAUUCCGACCCCCACCCCCUCGUGCUAUGCGCGACGAUGAGGACGGCGUUCGUCGCUGCCCAGCCUGUUUCUACGAAAUCUGGGAUGGAGAAUGCGUAGGCUGUGGGCUCGCGUUCUCAGACGCGAGCGGGGAUACCGCCUUUGGGAGCGACGACGGCAGUGUCAGCGUUUUCGACGACGAACCGAGGAGCAUAUAUAAUGGCGGAGGAAGCUUGUACGGGGGUACCCUUUAUGGUGACGAGGGAAGCAAUGCUGGCAGUGGUUUGAGUGUCUACGGGGAUGAAGUGGCUCCUGUCUUUGAUUACCCUCCUCGCGGCCGAGUAUACGAGUCGUAUGAUGAGGAUGACGACGAGGACGAUUCAUUCAUCGACGAUUCGGAGCUUCCGCGCCCACCUCCUGCCGCAUACUUUCACCAUUAUGCGGGCUCGGAUUCGGAAGAUGAACAGGAAGACACGGGGUACCACAGUGCUCGCGGGUUCCGAUCGUCCCCAGCCCCAGCCCCAGCCCCAGCCCCGGUCCAUUCAUAUUCGCGUUCACGUUCACAUUCCAGCUCUGACCUGAGCGAUGACGACGAAGACGAUGAAGAAGAAGACGACUUCCUCCCUGGUCGUGGCCGUCGUGGUCGUUCUGCCGAAACCGAGACUUUACCUGAAACGGCCGAAGAAGCCGACGACGAAGACGAUGACGAAGAAGACGAGGCCAGCGUGAAUCCCAACGUUGUUAUCGAUAUAGUUUCAGACGAUGACGAUGAUGACGAGCCGCCGGUACGGGUUGCAGGCAGACGAUCUGCUGCUGAACGAUGGGGAGGAUGGAGUCGUGACGAAGGAGAGCCUCCUCGAGGUCGGAGUUUAUCCAGACGGCGGGUCAUGUCUCCCGAGGACGGUUCAGAGUCUGAGUACUUUAGCGAUUAA